AUGGGAGUGGAUUACUACAAGAUAUUACAAGUUGAUAAGUCUGCAAAAGAUGAUGAUUUGAAGAAAGCUUAUAGGAAAUUAGCCAUGAAGUGGCAUCCUGAUAAGAACCCAAAUAACAAAAAAGAAGCUGAAGCUAAGUUCAAGCAAAUUUCUGAAGCCUAUGAUGUUCUUAGUGAUCCACAGAAAAGAGCUGUGUAUGACCAAUAUGGUGAAGAGGGUCUAAAAGGGCAAGUACCACCACCUGGUGCUGGUGGUACUGCUCCCGGUGGAGCUUCAUUUUUCUCUACAGGGGAUGGGCCUACAACAUUUCGGUUCAAUACCCGGAAUCCUGAUGAUAUUUUUGCUGAAUUUUUCGGGGUUUCAAGUCCGUUUGGAGGGAUGGGAGGUGGUGGUCGAGGCAUGAGAGGAACAAGAUUCUCAAGUGGGAUGUUUGGUGACGAUAUGUUUAAUUCUUUUGGUGAAGGAGGUGGAGGAUCUAUGCAUCAAAGUGCUCCUAGAAAAGCUUCCCCAAUUGAGAAAAGGCUGCCUUGUAGUCUUGAGGAGCUUUAUAAGGGGGCUACCAAAAGAAUGAAGAUAUCUAGGGACAUUGUUGAUGCAAGUGGCAAGACCAUGCAAGUGGAGGAGAUUCUAACCAUUGACAUAAAGCCGGGUUGGAAGAAAGGCACAAAAAUCACCUUCCCUGAGAAAGGUAACGAGCAGCCGAAUGUUGUAGCAGCCGAUCUAAUCUUCAUUGUUGAUGAAAAACCUCACCCUGUAUUCACUCGUGAUGGAAACGACUUGAUCGUCACACAGAAGAUUUCUUUAGCUGAAGCCUUGACAGGUUACACUGUCCAUCUCACAACCUUGGAUGGAAGGAAUUUGACCGUUCCAAUCAACACCGUGAUUCAUCCGAACUAUGAGGAGGUUGUCCCGAGGGAAGGGAUGCCAAUCCAAAAAGACCCAACAAGGAGAGGAAAUUUGAGAAUCAAGUUCAAUAUCAAGUUUCCAACAAGAUUAACUGCAGAGCAGAAGGCAGGAAUCAAAAAACUCUUGGGCUGA